UAAAUUUCGGGUGCCGCUCUUUCUUUUUUGUUUCUCACUAAUUUUCUAGUUUCGCCCCUCUUCUCAAACCCUCUACGUCCUCUGUCUCGACCCCUCCUAAUCUCUGGAGCCCAAUUCCUCUUCCUCUUCAUUCAAAGACUUCACGCCUUAACCCUCUCUCUCUUUCUCUCUCAAUCCGUUUUAUAUUCUCAAGAUUUUAGACUAAACUUUAUCCAAAAUUGGGGAAGAAUCUGAACCAUCUAUCUCUUCGUUCUCAACAUCUGACAGGCUCCAUUUCAUAUGAAUUUCCUUCCUUUCUCCUCAAUUUAUGUCUGUCAUACUGAGAAAUAAUAAAACCCCCAAAUCCCAAAACCCAAACUGCUGCCUUCCAUCCAUAUUGGUCUCAGUUCUCUGGGAAAGUAAAAGGUAUGCUUUGAUUGUUGUUCUUGGUAUUUUGAUGGGUCAGAGGGUUGGGAAUGGUUCUGGGUUUGGUUAUGUUGGAGGUAAUAAUUUGGUGGUGGACCUAAACCCGAGUCCGUACGCAAUCAGAGCUCCAGAUCCGAGGUUUGAAGUUGGGGCUAUGUAUGAGACCAUGAGGCCUCGAAAGAGGUCUCUUCAAUGCCAAAGGUUCAACCUUUGUCUUCUGGUGGCCAAGUGGUGGGGAGAAGUGCAGCUUCCUUGGGCUACCGCAAUGAGGAUAAGGGUGUAGAGGUUUGGGCAGUGCACAGAAAGGGGAGCUCAGCUGGUGGUGGUAUUUUCAUGGAAUAUGGUAUUAUCAUAUUGAUUUGACACUCAAGCUUUCAUUUUAGAAGCAAAACAAGGUGUCUAUUUAGGUGUUUUUGCUGUGCUCAUCUAUAAUGCAUGUGGGGAAAAGAACCCAAGAUACAGCUUUUUGGUUGUCCUUUUUUUGUUAGUUAAACCGACAUACAUAUCAUCUCCAAAUUAAUUAAGUCCCAUACAAACUUAGAAUUCAUGUUUAAAACUAGCUCUGUCCGUCUCGAAAGUUUGUUUCACUUGUUGUUUGCUUUAAUUCAUCCAAGUUGCCCUUAUUAAUUUCUCAUGGGAUCUAUGUUUCUUUUAUCAAUUCCUUUCAUUACUUUUAGAUUCUCAUUUAAGUCUUGAGUUCAUGUUCUUUUAUU